UUUGUUUUCUCCGAGUGUUUCUUCUUCCGCUGACUGCAGCAGACCAGGAUGUUCCGGACCGCGGAGCUGCUGCUGCUGCUGCUCGGACUCUGCGGCUCCCUGCGGGCUCAGCUUCCUUCUCCUCCCACGGUUGUCAUCAACCUGGACGAAGAACCGGAGCAGCGAUGGUUGGUCCUCAAAAAAGUCUUUGACGUUGACUUCCUGAGCAAAGCCGCGGCAGAAAUCAUCGAAUCAACGGUUCCAAAAUGGGUGCAUCACGCAGCGAUCCCGAUUGUGAAGUCCCUGGAAAAAUACAUUCCUCCGCCGUACGCCGGCGAAAUCCGCGGCAUGGCCUCCGUCCUGGGAGGGAACCUGUCUGACGCCAUCAUUCUUAACUUUGCCUAUGAAUUCACUGCAUUUUGCACCAGCAUCGUGGCUGAAGAUAAAAAUGGGAACGUGUUUCACGGGAGGAAUCUCGACUACCCUCAUCCUGUUCUGAGAAAUAUGACCAUGAAUUUAGUUUUCCAGAAGAAUGGAAAGGCGGUGUUCUACGGAACAUCAUUUGCCGGUUAUGUCGGCUUGUGGACGGGAAUGAGUCCCAACAAGUUCACUAUAUCCGGCGAUCAGCGAGGGACUGAGCACUGGUGGAACUGGUGGAAGAACGUUGUGUCCGCGUUCCUGUUUCACAGGUCGCCGGUCAGCUGGCUCGUGAGGGAGACCCUGGAGGAGGCCGAGGACUUCCUGGACGCUGUCAUGCGUCUGUCCAAAACCCCCCUCAUCACCGGGGUGUACUACAUCGUGGGCGGGGUGCGAGCUGGGGAGGGAGUCGUCAUCACCAGAGACCGAAAGGGUCCCGCUGACAUCUGGCCCCUGGAGCCUUUAAAUGGAGGAUGGUACAGAGUGGAGACGAACUUUGACCAUUGGCUUCCUCCUCCUAAAAAAGACCAUCGGAGGGAAACGGCAAACAAGGCUCUCAUCGCUACCGGUCAAGACCACAUCAACAUGGACAAACUUUAUCAGGUCUUGUCACUGCAUCCCGUCUGCAACAGAAUUACAGUUUAUACCACAGUUAUGAGUGCAGCAUCGCCUGGGAAUUACACCACAUUCGUCAGACCACAGGGCUGCUCCAAUACCGGCUGAUCUGGCUGAGUGUGAAGGACACAAACACAAUUCUGCUGCUCACUUCCUGAUACGUAGAAGUGAGACAGAGGAGGUUUGACUUCUUCUUUUUUUCUUUUCUUUUUUUUUUAGGAUGGAACUGCCUUUAAAGAAAGAACAUUUAAUCUUGUCGCUGCCUUACCCAGCUAGCUUGCUACUGGUGCAUUUUGAAUCACUCUCAACGCUACUGUUGAGAGUGAUUCAAUUACUAACAGUAAUUAGUUUUUAACUAAUUACUGUUAGUCAUUAGUUUUUAACUAAUUACUGUUCUAAUUAGUUAAAAACAGUAGGAGAGAAAAAUGCUGGAAUGUGAAAUUUUGUCAAUAGUCGCUCAUCUUUUUCUUUUAUCUUCUAAAAAACAAAAUCAACGGAGAAAAUUGAAGAAACGGUUCUUUAAUUGCCUGAAGGUGGGUUAAAAUAACUCAGUUUGUCUAAUGAGACUUUUAAUGAAAAACAGCUGAAUUGAAUUGUGGGUAGACAUGAGCUAACCAAACACACAGUUUGACAUCGGGCUCAUUUAUCCAACAAGUGUUUUCACCUUAUCUCACAGAAAAAGCUUGACCUUAAACUAAAGCCACUGUAAUCUACUAUCAGGAUCCAGAGCUAUAUAAAUAAUGAUGGUCUCCAAUUACUCACACCGUUACAUUUAUCCAGCAAUAAAAUAACAAAACAAAAAAAAAACUGGAGUUCUUUAGGAAGUGCACAUACAACUGAAUGUCUUAUGCAAAUUGUGUAAAUAAUGUGAUUUUGCUGAUGCUUUUUAAAGUCAUACAAAUGUUUUAAUAGAUUUUUAGGGAUUUCUUCAUAUAUGUCGAUUAUUUUUUGUGCGUUUGCAAUAAAGCUUUAAUCCAUAAUGUGAAACGUUUCAAAAAGAAAAAGUAGAUUGGAAUUAUUUAAUAACUGAUUGUGAGAACACAUUUUCAUUGCUGUGUUGCGCCACAUCAUCAUGGAUGUCAGUUUGGUUGGAAAUCACUUACUGUUGUUAAUAAAACCUUGCCUUAUUCAC